CGUGUGUACAUUUUGCCAAAGCCAACUCUUACGUGGGCAGCAAGAUAAACACCUGUUACAUUUUAUAUACGCUUCAUCUUCAAAUCAGUUCAGCGGUGUAGCUUAUGUUGCACGCCCACCCAUUGCAAAUGUACUCGAGUAAUCAUGUUAGAAAAUAUUUUUAUUGAAAUUAAAUAAACAGAGCGCGAAUGCUAUUAUAGAAACAAAAAUAACGCGCUACUAUCGAAGCGCCGCCAAAUUCAGUUUCGGAACAUACGUUUCGCGCGAACGCUGUCAUCAUAUUAAAACUAUUCGCGGGUAAAAAAUAUCAAACGAGUUUCCGUUGACGCGUUUAAAAGGAUUUUUCACGCGCAAAAUAUCGAGUGAAUAUUUUCCCCCUGUGGAGUUUAUGUGCUCAAAAUGUUUAACAAUACGACCAGUUACAAAUCCAACUCCGGAACCAGUUAUUUAAAGAAAUCGGAAACAAAAAUACCAAAAGUAAAGCGGAAGCAAGGAAUGUGGGGCGGCGGUGCGCAGUGCGUGCACGCUUCGCUGCCGCGUGGCUCGCGCGCGCAGCCUGCGCCCACGCUCAGCGGGGCCAUCGCCAGCCGCCGCCCGCCCAGGCCGUCACCACCAUCUCCAACCCUAGUGGCCCAAAUUGACUCUUCAGUUGCGUGCCUGUGGCUGCUGACGCCGCUGUCGGCCGGCACCGCAGUAGUAGCUGUCCUCGUCGCUGUAUCCACAAACAACUGGCUCCACACACAGGAAAACAUGCUGAACCCUUCGUAUAAUGGCACCGGGAAGCACGACCUCGUUGCCAAACAAACCGUGUCUGGGUUAUGGAGAAUUUGUCAUACGGAUCCUGGGAGCACGGUGUUUCGAUGUUUGGAUAUACCGUAUUUUCCACUAUCGCAGUAUCAGCCUGAUCCAAGCGACUCCACAAAUGCAAUACCAUAUGUGGUGACGCGGUCUGCAGCCCCUUUGUUGCUUGCUGUGUUUACUCAGGCGGUCGGAGCACUUUGCUGCGUCCUAGGACACUGCGUAAAAGGACGGCGGCUGUGCACAUUUAUUGCUGGUGUUCUGUUCAUUGUUUCUGGACUUAUAAUGCUUACUGGGAUCGUCAUGUACAUAUCGGUAUUUAAAUCACAAGUUGGCCACAAGCUGCGGUAUAUGACCUUUUGGGAUACUCCUAGAAUGUCAUACAGCUACGGAUACUCUUUUGGGCUAUACAUUAGUGGGUUUGUCGCCGCUGAACUAGCAGGCACCUCAGCCAUUUUUCUAUUUCUACAAUGGUACCAAAAAGACUGGAUAACCGAGUUAACGGAAAAAGCCAAAGCUGAUUGCCGUGCGUGGGAUCGAGAAUAUGCCUUCACGGAAUUCAGAGAAAGAGAUUCUACAUUACUGGAAAGAAGGAUGAUGAAAAGAGACACGUAUCCUCCAACAGGGUCAUCAGCAGCAACGCCUAGAGAACGAAGACGUUUCGUUUUCGACGGUGAUGAAAUGCCACACUGCUCAAUACACAAUAAAAAUAGAAGAAUAAAUUUAAGUUCAGCUUCAUUAAAGGAUUUGUCUUCGUCAACCCUUUACGGGUUCCCAGCGGCGCCGCGGCCAACCGCCUGCGACAACUACUUUGAAGAAUUCAAAGAGGUUCCUCAAAGUGCAAAUACUUUAAGUGGUUUAAGAAGUGCGUCGAUAUUCCAGUCGCAGGCGUCCGUUGCAAGCGGUCGGUUCCUGGAUACUUCGGCGGUAGAACCUCCGCCUUCGAGAGAAGAAGAAAUGGUGACGUUUGGUGCCGGCGCGAGGGUUGUCGAGGAUCAACAUCCAGCGCGACACGAUCGUGCUGUGGGCACUGAUCCAUACCGGAGAACAACACCAGUCUGAUCCAUGAACUUGGGUUUCCGACCCCGAAUAUAAAGCAUAUCGAGAAGUGAUAAGUGACAAUGCUAGUUAACGUACUAUUUGUAUAGUUAAUGUUCGUACUUAGCCGGAUACAGACAAGAAGUGUCUUUCGAAUUUAUGAACGUACAUAGGUGCAUACGUGACAUGUGUUAUAAAAUUUUUAAUUGUUAAAAUUCCUUAAAUAAACACUGCCAUUUGUCUA